AUGCGAAGAACGGGGCCGGAGCUGUGGAAGACGCUUACUUCUGUCUCGAAAUCCGGACAGAAGAAAGGACGUCGCAACACGCGACAGCCCGUUCGACCAUUGCAGCGAUUCUAUCGCAUCGGAUCUAGUAAGCGAUAAUUUGCAACUUGUAUAAACGUUUCGAAACCGACAAAGUUUUGGUUGCGAAGUGUCCUCGGUUGAAAAGCGUUAAGAAAACCAAACCAAACGUUUCAGGUCCGAUGAAAGUCGAGUUCGCCGGAUUGAACGCACCGAUGCGUCUGAAAGAGAGCGAAGAGCUGAUUCCGAUGAAGAUUGUCGAGCAGACGGAAGACGAGAUCCGCGACUCGAUCGGUGGUGUGAAACGCAUUCUCGAGGAGAAGGACACGUAAGAAUUUUUGAAAUUGUUGCCUUCAAUUUCUACUCUUACUGAGAACUCACCAACGAAAAGUUUUCAGAGGAAAGAAGAAGCGGAAUCGCGAAAAGCUGCACCCGAUGGAGCGCGGAUUCUCCGGCACUCAACUUGUCGGACAAAAGCUCGGCGCACCGCCACCGAUCGACGGCGCAAAUUUCGACGAUUUUGAGACGUACUGCCUCGAGGUGAAGCGCACGUCUAACAUGACAAAUGUAUUCGGAAGAGUGCACACCAUGUCGGCCCUCGUGAUCACGGGAAACGGCCGCGGACUCGCCGGAUACGCAGUCGGCAAGGCCCCGAUCCAUCGGACCACUACCGCAAUCAUCAAUGGAAUGAACAUGGCGUCGCGGAAGCUGUUUCACGUGGAACUUCACGAAGGACGCACCAUUUAUCAGGAUUUCUAUGCGGAGUGCAGAAACACGCGUGUUUUUGCGCAACGCCGUCCGCGCGGAUUCGGACUCACCUGCCAUCCGCGUCUCAUUAAGAUUUGUGAAGCAAUUGGAAUUAAGGACAUUUAUGUGAAGGUGGAAGGAUCCACGAAGAACUAUCUGGCGCUGACGCACGCGUUUUUGACCGGGUUGCUCAAUCAGGAGACACAUCAGCAGUUGGCUGAGAGAAAAGGUUCGAAAUUCUUCCAUAAUCUCAGACUUCCUUGAAAACACGAAACUUCCUCAUCCACCCUCAAUAUUCCAGGUCUUCAUGUCGUCGAAAUGUCUCCAUCUCGUCACUUCUUGCCGCAAAUCGUGGCUUCUCCCAUCUCAUCGGAGCUAAGAAGCGAGGAAACGCUGGAAGCACUUGACGUACGUGAAAUUAGAUAAAAUUGAAGUAGACUAGACAUCUAACAAGUUUAGCGUCUCAAUUUGGACGAUUUCUACGGAGAAGGCCGUUACCCGCUGAGAAAACCGAAGGCUCUGCCGUUCUUCACCAAUCUGGAGGGACACAUAGAGGCGAGAUGGAGAAAACAUCCGUUCAGAAACCACGAAUCGGUAAGAGUUGAUUGUGUCGCAAUUCCAAAAGCCUCCUUGACUUGCAGACAAUGAUCCGCCUGAUCGCCGACAACAUGGUACCACGUUGGACGCGUGACGCACGUGCCGCGUGGGCUGACCAACGCAACGAACGCAUGACGACUGGCGUCGAGCCAAUGCCGCUCGGACUCGGACUAUCGCACGUUGUGCCCAGAAAAGAAGACUAA